CAUAUUCAUGCGACCACAUUCAAACGCAAUAGCGGUGGAACAAAAGCGGAUAGAGUGAAAAUAGUGAUAUAAAGACACAAUAAACCGCUUUCGACGAAUAAAAUGGGUCCGAUUGAGCUCCUGCACAUGUCUGUGUUCUCACAGAGUUUCUCUCCUUGUGCUCGAUUUUUAGCAGCUGGGAAUAACUAUGGAGAGAUCUCUGUGUUCAGUCUUUCAGCUGCUCUGAGUCCUGAUGCGACAGACACGAGUCGGAAACCCGUCCUUACCUUCAGUGCCCAUGAAGGUCCGGUGUUCUCACUGCUCUCCACAGACACACACCUCCUCAGUGCAGGCAAUGGAGAGAUCAGUGCCUGGAACUGGGCAGAGCUCAUCAAGAAGAACCCUAAAGCUGUUUGGACAAAGAGACCUGAUUACAAGACCAGUCUGGAAAUCCCUGAGAUCAACGACAUGAAGAUCAACAGCAGAGAUAACAGCUUGGUGAUCGGUGGGGGAGACAACAACAUCCACAUCAUGGACAUGGAAACUGGAACCUUCAAGUCAGUUCUGCAGGGUCACACAGAUUAUAUUCACUGUUUAUCUCUGAGAGAGAGAGAGGGAGAGAUCCUGUCAGGAGCAGAGGAUGGAGCUGUGAGAAUGUGGGACUGGCGGACGGGCCACAGUGUGCACUGUGUGGAGGUUUAUAAAUACCAGGAAUGCGCUCGCCCCCAGUACGGGAAGUGGAUCAGCUGCCUGGCGACAGAUUCUGAUUGGAUGCUGUGCGGUGGAGGCCCCGCCCUCUCUCUGUGGCAUCUCCGCUCCAUGUCUCCCACCUCCAUCUUUUCUUUGAGUGGCUGUCAGAGGGAGGCCGUGUUUCACCAGGACCUGAUCUUUGCAGUGGGUGAGGGUUCACAUGUGUCUCACUGCCUGCUGGGAGGAAGUGUGAAGGCUCAGAUCCCCUGCACACCUCCAUCUCUGAACACACUCGCCCUGAACCUGAGCACCACUGAACACCGGGUGAUGACUGUUGCAGGCAGCAGCAAUCAGAUUGAUGUUUUCACCAACUUCUCUUACAGAGCCUUCUCUCUGUCCUUCUGAACAUCUCACACGUUCCUCAGAACUCGCUCUGUCUGCAAACGUCGCUCUAACACCAGGUCGCUUCAGAAAUUAAAGCAGCAGUGUGGAAUAAUCCCAAAUGCUGCCUCCUUAAGGGCUGUAAGCUAAUUUUAAACAGAGGCAUGAAAUGAUGGACUGUAUGAACAUAUCACACACCAUGUUCUAAAGAAGGGUUGAACUUGUGAUUUGUGUGUGAGUCAGUGUGUGUGAGAGUGAGUGAGUGACUGGGGUAUGAGUGAGUGUGUGCGAGUGAGUGAGUCAGUGUGUGCGAGUGAGUGAGUGUGUGCGAGUGGGGUGUGAGUGAGUGUGUGCAUGAGUGAGUGAGUGAGUGUGUGCAUGAGUGAGUGAGUGAGUGUGUGCAUGAGUGAGUGAGUGAGUGUGUGCAUGAGUGAGUGAGUGUGUGCAUGAGUGAGUGAGUGAGUGUGUGCAUGAGUGAGUGAGUGAGUGUGUGCAUGAGUGAGUGAGUGAGUGUGUGCAUGAGUGAGUGAGUGUGUGCAUGAGUGAGUGAGUGUGUGCAUGAGUGAGUGAGUGUGUGCAUGAGUGAGUGUGUGCAUGAGUGAGUGUGUGCGCAUGAGUGAGUGUGCGCGUGUGAGAGUGACUGGGGU